UUUGUACUUUUAAGUGUCUUUUAUUGUGUAUCGAACAAAAGUGCAAAAACACGUUUGCUAACUAUUCUUUAGAAAAUAUCAUGUAGCAUUAAGCUAGCUAGUGAGUUUAUAUUUACUGUAAUGUAAUGUAGCUGCUAUUAAUAUUCAUGUGUGAUAAAGGUCUUCCAGUCUCCCAUUUAGCUGCUGACAGAACUGGACUGACCUGAUAUAGUUAGCCUACAAUUAGUGCAUAAGUAUUUAGCUUUUAUAUUCAAGGGGUUUGACAAAAGAGUUAGAAUAACUGUUCAGGAAGUACAGCCAUUUUACACACAGUACCUCCCUUCAGAGAAUCCGGACCGUAAUUGACUGACAAACAAUUGUUUUGGCCAGAUGAAGGUGAUCCAGUACACUCCAGAGAAACUCCAAACAGCUUUGGUCUCCAAUUCUGAGUAUUUAACUAAGGUUUACAGUAAGUACACAAAAGAAGAAAAGCGCCUUCUGGAGGAAGGAUUCCACGCAGGGCAGCCGGGUUCCCUUUUCCAACUCAUCACCGUGCACUCUGACUCUGACUGGAUCCUUGCUCACCCCGAGGAGCCUGAAGACUUUGAGGCCUUCUACAGAAAGCCUUAUCGCAAGACCCCAAAUGAAAGCCAGAGUACUAUUUAUAUUCAAACCAUAGGUUCUUUUGGAGAAGUUGCUGCCCAGACAGACCAGUAUGUGGAGUGGCUGCGAGAUUACUGCCAAGCCUUCUUCUAUGGGCUUUCUGUGAAGUUGCUUCCAGCAGUUGCAGUGUCUGAAACAAAGUGCUCUUUCAGGGUCAACAGUAACUCUUACAACCUUCAAAUUCUCACUGGCGAUCUGCUACAAUUUCUGAAGAAGAGGAAACCAAAAGACGCUUUUUGUAUUGUUGGAAUCACAAUGAUUGACCUCUACCCCAAAGAUUCAUGGAACUUUGUCUUUGGACAAGCUUCUCUGACAGAGGGAAUGGGCGUUUUCAGUUUUGCCAGAUAUGAUGACAACUUCUAUAAGAGAAGUUAUGCUGGGAGGCUGAAGAAGCAUCUUCAGCCAAGGCAGGAGGAUUAUUCUGUGUUUGACGGAUAUUACACUCCACCGAUCACCAGCACUCUGCUGCUUCGAUCCUGCAAGACCAUGACUCACGAGAUCGGCCACAUGUUUGGAAUCUCACAUUGCCAGUGGUUGAGCUGUGUCAUGCAAGGCUCCAACCACCUCGAUGAGUCUGAUCGAAGGCCCUUGGACUUUUGUCCCAUCUGCCUUCGCAAACUGCAGUUCGCAAUCGGCUUCAAUAUAGCUGAAAGAUACAAGGCCUUACUUCACUGGAUGGACGAGGAUCAGACUCAAACAUCAGUGAAGGCAUCAGCCAGUCAUACCGAUCCUCACUUUACAAAACCCACCGAAGCGUUUCAUGCAUCCAAACUUUGGGUUUGCAGGUGUUUGGAAAUAAUGGAAAAGGAUCAAUAAUAGUUCUAAAAGAAAUUUUGGAUAAUGGAAACGAAUAGAUGUCAAAAAUGUGUCCAUCUAUUUUCUUGAUCACGCAGCUAAUGGACUGUUUUCUUUCUUUAAUCUCACACUUUUCAACUCUGCUUGAGCACUUUAUAAAUUGCAUUCAUCCACUCAAUCAUACAAGCACUUUUUAUGAUCCCCCAAAUUUUUAUAUCUUCAUUCUUCAGGUCUAACACUACUGGAGUAAUGGAAAGCCGCUCUUCCUCCAUCACUUGGUGUUUUGAUGAAGGUGGCUGAGAGUGCUUUCUUACACAUCCGUCCAAUUUUUUUCUGUUCUUAACAUGUGUGUUGCUGUUUGAUUUUCGAAGUAGAUUCUAUGUAUACAGAGUCUAAGUAUUGGCUAGCCACUGUAAAAUGUCUACUGAACUGUGCUGAUUAAAACCCAAAACCAUAUGUAAUGGGCAUCUUGCGUGGUUGAGUGGGUCAUCUACUGAUCAGAAGGUCAGUGGUUUAAUUCUGAGCUCCUUCAAUCUGAAAAAUAUUGCCCCCAGUGCACUGUGAUGGUUAGAAAGCAGUUAAAAUCAUAGACUAAAGCACUAAACAAGUCUAUUUUACUUAAUGACAUGAUGAUAGCACUUUAGAAACGUGUGUUUCCACAAUGUAUAUUCAAUUAAACAUGUAGUAUGCCUAUAAGAUUUAUCAUAUCCUGUUAGCAUUUAUAGGUUUACAGGUUUUGGAAGACUAACUCAGCAAUUUAAUUUUCUGUCAGUGUAUCUGUGAAUGAACAUGUUGUCAGUUUGUCUCCUGGGUUUUAGAGAAUAAACCACGUUCACCUGUCUGUUU